CCGCGCUACACGCAUCCCAUAGCUCGCAUCCCAUCCACGCCAGUCACACCCCAUCAUGUCCUCCAUCAUUGCCCGCUCGGCCUUCCGCGCCGCCCCGCGCGUCCGUCCUGCGCCUACUCUUCGACGAUGGGCCAGCGCCGCCGCCGAGGGCGAGAGACAAGCCGGCAAGAACGCCCUCAAGACCGGAGCGAAGCGCGACCCCGAACUCUACGUUCUGUUCGCUAUCAUGAGCGGUGUUUUCGGCCUGGCAGGAUGGCACUUCUCCCGCUCUCCUACCAGUGCCUCUUCGGAACGAGCCGUCGCCAAGGCCGCAGGCAGUGAGCCUUGGAAGCAGGAUGGUGGUGUAGGCCCAUACCAGUACCACCCUGGGGGUGACACCAGCGUCAAGAAGGAUGCGCCUUCUGCACUUAAUGUGGUCGUCAUUCCCAAUGUCACUCUCCCCAAGGAACUCCACGACACAUACAACAAGUGGGGCAAGGACGGCUACUAGACACGCAAACUUCCAUCAACUACCCAAUUUCCAAUCAAAACCACAUGGCAGCAGAGUGCGGAAUUCUCCUUUAGCUAUGCGUCUGUACAUAAGACUGUCAUUUGUCCCACUGCAUAGAUCAACAAGUUCUCUUUUACGUCUCCAUACAGAUUGGUGCUGCACAGUUCUGGUCUUUCUAACAACGCAGCAACAACAUUAAUGCAGACUCGAAAGAAAAGGACCUGGUGAAGCACCACGGUAAUGUUCAGUAGACCUUUUUUUCUCUUUUUUUUUUUUUUUUUUUUUUU